AUGCCUGAACUUUCUUCCACUUCUAAGAAGCUCCUGUGUAAUGAAGUGAAAUGCAGGUGGGUUAUUGGGCCACAUGAUCCAACUCAAUGUAACGCCAACCAGAUUUGUUUUUACGAGCAAAUGUAUGGCGCCGGGAACACAUCCGGAUUACUGUUGUCGGAGACGCUGCGUUUCCCUGAGGGAGAUGUGGUUGAUGUCGCUGUCGGAUGCUCCAUUUUAUCUUCAGGAGUACCAGAGGGUAUUUUUGAUGACAAUAAGACUGUGAGCAGCGAGCUUCUUCUCUAUCGGGAUUCAUCAAAUUCCGGCACCGGAGAUGGAGGCAUCAUCAGCUACACCAAGUUCCGCAACAACCCGGAGUUGCAAGGAUUUGAGCAAUUUGAAGAAUACUACUAUUUAAACCUCCGGAAAAUCAGUGUUGGUGGUAAUCGAGUUAAGAUCCCGCAUCGUGUUUUGGUGGGCGGAGCUGAUGGUAACAGCGUAACCAUCAUUGAUUCUGGGUCAACAUUCACAACGAUGGAUAAUCCCAUCUACGAUCUGGUCGAACAAGAGUUUGUAAUUCAAAUGUCCAAAGGCAAUUGUAAUAGAGCUACUUAUGCGGAGUCACCAGAGGGGUUCCGUCUGUGUUACGCCGCCAUAGGAGGCAAACCACCGGUGUUUCCAGAGCUAAUGUUUCAUUUUAAAGGUGGUGCGAAAUUGUCACUGCCCAUGGCCGAUUACUUCUCCCAGGUGGAGCCCGGGGUGGCGUGUAUGAUGAUCUUUCCAAGCGGCUUGAAUGUGAGCAUCGGGCCAUCGAUAAUCAUAGGAAAUUACCAACAACAGGAUAUAUACGUGGAGUAUGAUUUGGAAAAUGGAAGGUUUGGUUUCGAGAAGAAAAAGUGCAACUAA